AUGGCUGUGCCGUAUCUCAGCGCCGUACUCCUGUUGGCCCCGCUGAGCUGGGGCCAGGACUUCCCCUUCAGGGACCCCACCUUGCCCUGGGAAGAACGGCUGGACGACCUGGUGAACAGGCUGACGCUGGACGAGAUGGUGCUGCAGAUGGCGAGAGGGGGCGCCAAAGCCAACGGCCCGGCGCCGCCCAUUAAGCGCCUGGGCAUCGGGCCCUACAACUGGAACACGGAGUGCCUGCGUGGGGACGCGGAGGCGCCGGGCUGGGCCACCGCUUUCCCCCAAGCCCUGGGCUUGGCGGCCUCUUUCAGCCCUCCGCUCAUCUACAGGGUGGCCAACGCCACGGCCACGGAGGUCCGGGCCAAACACAACCACUUUGUCUCCAUCGGCAACUACGAGGACCACACCGGCCUCAGCUGCUUCAGCCCCGUGUUGAACAUCAUGCGCCACCCGCUGUGGGGCAGGAACCAGGAGACUUAUGGGGAGGACCCAUUCCUGACCGCAGAGCUGGGGGUGGCUUUCGUGAAGGGCCUGCAGGGCGACCACCCUCGUUACGUCAAGGCCAGCGCUGGCUGCAAGCAUUUCGAUGUCCACGGUGGCCCCGAAAAUAUCCCCACCUCCCGGUUGUCCUUUGAUGCCAAGGUGAGCGAGCGUGACUGGCGCAUGACCUUCCUGCCUCAGUUUGAGGCCUGCGUUCUGGCUGGGACCUUCAGCUUCAUGUGCAGCUACAACAGGAUUAACGGAGUCCCCGCGUGUGCUAACAAGAGGCUGCUCACGGACAUUCUGCGCGGCGAAUGGGGUUUCCAGGGUUACGUGGUGAGCGACGAGGGAGCCGUAGAGCUGAUCAUGGUGGGCCACCAGUUCACCCACAGUUUCCUGGAGACAGCGAUCGUUUCCGUGAACGCCGGAUGCGAUCUGGAACUUUCGUAUGGGAUGAAGCAGAAUGUUUUCACGCACAUAGGCGAAGCUGUGGCCAAAGGCAACAUCUCUUUGGAGACAGUCAAAGCCCGUGUCCGGCCGCUUUUCCGCACCCGCAUGCGACUGGGGGAGUUUGACCCCCCAGCCAUGAACCCCUACAAUGCCCUGGGACCUGAGGAUGUGCAGAACGAUGCCCACCACCAGCUGGCGCUCCAGGCGGCCAUUCAGUCCUUUGUCCUGCUUAAAAACCAGAAUGGGACUCUACCUCUUCGGGCCGAAGACGUACGAAAGAAGACUCUUGCGGUGGUCGGCCCUUUUGCUAACAAUUCCGUGCUUCUCUUUGGGGAUUACGCUCCGAUCCCAGAACCCCAGUACAUCUUCACACCCAGGAGGGGCCUGGAGACCAUCGCUGGGAAUGUUACCUUUGCCGCCGGAUGCACCUUCCCCAGGUGUGACUGGUACCGCCCGGCUGAAGUGAAAGCUGCAGUACAAGCCGCAGACAUCGCGAUUGUGUGCCUGGGGACCGGAAUUGAUGUGGAGACGGAAGCAGUGGACCGGAAGGGCCUGGACUUGCCGGGCCACCAGCUGGACCUCCUGCAGGAUGUUGUGGCCUGGGCGGCCGGCCGGCCCGUGAUUCUACUGCUGUUCAACGCAGGCCCCCUCGAUGUCAGUUGGGCCAAAGCUCACGACGGGGUGGGAGCCAUCUUGGCCUGUUUCUUUCCUGCUCAAGCCACCGGCCUGGCGAUUGCCAAGGUCUUGGUGGGAGAGGAAGGAGCCAACCCGGCCGGCCGGCUCCCUGCCACAUGGCCGGCAGGGAUGCACCAGGUCCCCCCAAUGGAGAACUACACCAUGGCUGGACGGACGUACCGCUACUAUGGAGACGAUCCUCCGCUGUACCCCUUUGGCUACGGGCUCUCCUACACCCUUUUCCGAUACAGCGACCUGGCGCUGGGAGCCGAGGUGGUGCCCGUUUGUGGGAACCUCAGCCUCUCGGUGGUGGUGGAGAACGUUGGCCCCCGAGACGGCGAGGAGGUGGUGCAGCUCUACCUCCGGUGGGGAGAGGCCUCCGUGCCCGUCCCCCGCUGGCAGCUGGUCGGCUUCCGUCGCGUGCUGGUACCCCAAGGCCAGGCGACCAAGGUGCCCUUCCUGCUCUCCUUCCGCCAGAGAGCCGUCUGGGCUGGGGAGUGGCGCCUGGAGCCCGGCUCUUUCAGCCUUUUCGCCGGCGGGCAGCAGCCCUUCCAGGAAACCCGUGUCCCUUCCAACGUCCUGCGAGCAGAUUUCAGCGUCUCCGGAAGCGCCCGCAAGAGAAGCCAGUGCUAAUUUCUGGCACUCCUGAUAAAUGUUCUGAAAACCAACCAGGAAGCUCAUUAAGCUCAUUUUUUUAAAGAAAAUGCAGGGAAAAAAAUCUGAUUUACUGCCUAUAUAAUUGCUGGGAUCAUGAACUUUCAUCUGGACAUCUACCACCAGGUUGUGUUUUUGUUGUGGGUGUAUUGUUGUGAUAAGGAGGAGAGAUUAUCUGUCACAGUGAUUGAUGGG